GUGAAACAGACCACUUCCUUUAGUCACCUCCUCUUCAUGGUGAUUCAUGCUCAUUGUUUGUGUUGUUGUUGUCGGUUGGGUAUCUUCAUCAACCGUCCCUCCUCUUCAUUCACCUGAAGACAGUCACGUCCUCCAUGCCCUACCUCUUCCAUCAACUUCUUACUUACUCUCCACCUGUACAUCUUCGAGUUUGUGUGACAACACAUUAGACAUAGAUCAUCAUGUGCGAAAUGCAAAUCUCAUAGAGUGUUUUCAUCGGUUGAACAGCCAGUGUAUCCCCAUCUUCUCACAGCUCUUCACAGUUUCUUGCAUGAUCUGGUCUGCCACAAUCAGGAAGAUGAUUGGUGAUAGAAGGCGGCAACCUUGUCUUACCUGUCAACCUGUCUUCACUUCCCUACAAAGGCAACACUGAGCAUUCCAUUGUGAAUCACUUGGCAUGUAGCAUCAUCAUCAUCAUCAUAUAG